AUGCAAUUACGUACACAAUUAUCCGAUUUGAAAAAUAUCCGCAAAGAUCUUGAGAAUUUGCAUGCAGACAAUUCAACAUUACAAGCAAAAUAUAAAUCAAUUAAUACUCAAAGAAAUCGUGAUAAACAACGUAUAGCUGAUCUUGAAAAAAAUACUCUUUUAAAAUAUCGAGAAUCUCAAAUUGACACAGAAGUACUCUAUCAACAUUUAACACAAUUACAAAAACGAAAUGGUCAUUUACAAGAUAGUCUUAGUGCUGAAACACGAAUUAAACUUGAUCAAUUUUCUGCAUUUGGUGAAGUUAAACGACAACUUACAAUAGCCAAUAGUUUAUGCUAUUCGAGAAAAGAGCGCGAAUUAAUUGCUGCACUUCAUUCCCAACAUCAAGUAAAUAAUUGUUUAUUUAAUGAUCAUCCUCAAACAUCUGGACAUUCAUCAUCAACAAACCAAUUGAUUGAUACAAAUAAUCUAACAACGAGUUCAUCAUCGGUUUUUUAUUCACCUCCAACAGCUAUAACACCACUGCCAUUACCAUUACAAAAUGCUACAUUCAAUCUCGAUCCUAAUGCUCAAGAUUUUUGCUUAUCAACACAUUCGACAAAUAACAAUUAA